AUGACGGUUAACGGAAACCAUUCAGUUACAUUCAUUGACGCACAUCCUUGGAAGCUGAUAAUUGAUAUUGGCCCAUUAAAUGAACAAAGGGCCGGGAACCCCGAAAUAAUCCUGACUUAUGCCGAGGUGAGGGUAAGAUAUGAGCUGCUAUACAUCACUCAGUGGGUACCUGAACCAUCGGCACCUCCGCUGCUCCUCUAUAGUACCCUGCAUCUACGGUAA